AUGUCAGAUUAUAGAUCUAUAACAUAUUUUUCAACAAAGUCAUCUGGAUCUCUUAAUUGGAAUGCAGAAAUUUCCAUUGAAUAUAAUAAUAAAACCAAAAAGUAUUCCUCAUAUGCUGAGCACUAUGGAUAUUAUAACAUUGACACAUCGGUUAAGAAAAUAACAAAUACAUCCUCUAGCCAAGACUUUUCUAUCAUUGUAGGUACUUAUGAAUAUCAUACGUUAUCAAAUGCAACAGUAUUUUCUGCAUCUGUACGAGCAAAUCGAGAAUUAACAGAGGUUGGGGAAGAAUUCGAAAAGGGAAAUUCUGCCAAAGGAACAAUGAAGAGUGAUAUUUCCCUCAAAUUUGAGAAAAUUGCUGAUCCUCCAAAAGGAGAAGAGGAAAUGCUUUUCGAUAAGAAUAAAGAAUGGGUAUUAUAUGGUGAAGAUAAAAUCAAAACAAAAUCACAAGUAGAAAAAGAUACAAAAGAUUAUGGCAAUAAUAAUGGAUUGAAAGGAUAUCAAAUUGCACUGAUCGUUAUUGCUGUUAUCAUUGUUAUCAUUAUCAUUGUUGUUGUCAUUAUUCUAUUACUCAAGAAAGGCAAAGAUUCACCUAAAUCCAAAACUGACUCGGGUUCAGGUGAAAAUGCCUAA